AUGGUUAUGUGUAGUUUUUCUUCGACCCUCUAUCCUUUUGUUCCUUAUGGUUGCUACUGCGGUUUUGGAGGUAACGGUACGCCGAUGGAUAAAAUUGAUAAGUGCUGUCAGACUCAUGACAAUUGUUAUGGAGAUGCUCUUGCUAAAUGUUACAACAUAACCUCUCUUCUGUAUUUGUGGCCUUAUUCCUGGUCUUGUCCAAAAACAGCUGAAGGAUCAGUUCAAACUAAAACUGGCAAUUCCCCCAGAUGCAAAAAUACGCUUUGGAAUCCAUGCGGCCAGGCAUUAUGUGAAUGUGACCAGAAAAUUGUUGAAUGUUGGACCAAUGUUUCCACAACGCCACCAAGCGAAAGACUAGAAUGCAUUGAACCAAAAUCAAAUGACAAAGUCGAUUUGUCUGCUUAUCGUAGAAAAGCGCUUGACGCCAUGAAUAAAUUCCGAGCGCAGCUUGUGAGUGGAAAUAUCGCGACCGCGAGCGGAAAGCUUCCACGGGGGAGAGAGAUAUGGAACGAUACAUUAGAAGAUUUGGCUAAAAAGAAAGUUGACGAAUGCAAUUUUGAGUUGACCCAAACAGAUUCGCAAAAUAAUGGUGAAGCUACGCACGUUUCGUUUGAUAUAAAAGAUGAACCGAUAGAAGAUGCAAUAAGCGAAUGGACAAAAAGAGUAGAAGAAUUUUACAAUAGCACUAGCGUCAAUAGCACUAGCGUGUCAACUUCCAGAAUCGGUUCACUGGAUGACUUCAUAGCCUCGGGGCUAACUGUGCAAGUGGGUUGUGCAACAAAUGAUAUAUGCCAAGUUGACUAUGAUUCGAAUGAAUACUAUGAAACAUAUGAAAACUAUAAAACGGAUGAACGCCCUACUGUUCAGUAUACCGUUUGCAAAUUUUGGCCAAGUGGAUUUAUGUUCAAGAAAUUAUACAAAAAAGGAAAACAAUGUGAAGCAGGGUGGCCAUGCUGUCGUCCCAAUUCAAUUUGCAACAAGGAUGGACUCUGCGAAACAGAAAAAGGUUUGAAUGAAAUAGAACUUCAUGUCGAUAAAAGAAAGUGCGAUAAAGGAAUGUUUCCAUGUAAAAAAAGUGCUCUUGAUGCUAUGAAUAAAUUCCGAAUUCAACUUGCUGCCGGAAAUAUUUCGGCCAAAAAUGGAAAAUUUCCAAUGGGGAAAGAAAUUUACAAAUUGGUUAAUUUUAAAAUGCUUUAA